GAAUUUGCAAGUUCGCGCUUUUGUAGUGCUUGGUUUGGUUAUGUUUGUUGUUCAUCGUAGUCAGUCGGAUUAAAAAGACUCACACAUAGCUAGCGAUUAUCCAAAACCCUUAGCUUCUUUGGACUUCGACAACCUAUCAGAGUUUCCAGAGAUGCCGAUCGAUGUCUGUUUAUCUCUACCACUUAUCGACAGGGUGAAAGAACUUAAUAAUAUUUUUGCUCGUGGAAAUUUACAGGAGCUCCACAAUUCGGUUGUUCUGGUUGUCGACAAUAUAUUCGGUUAUUCAUGUGGUACAGAAGGCUGGGCUUUACAUGCUGUUAACGAAGCUGAUGAGCCACAUUUGUUUGGUUCUAUUCGAGAGUUCCUCUCGCCCAACGGGAGAUUUUUGGAGGUUUUGUCCAGUAGAUUAACCCUUGAAUUCCCAUCAAUCUAUCAUGAUUUCCCACUUUGGCUUUUAUCAACAGAUUCGCAAAACUCUGUUUGGUCAGGUGGUUGCAAACAACCACGAACUCAAUUGUCGUUAAAUGCAUUUACCUACUAUAUGUUCGCUUUCAUGUGUUAUGCAUCGUACCCUAAAUGGAAACAGGAACUUGCGUUAUGCGAUUUCGAAAACAGUUUAUACCGUACCUUAUUUGAUGAUUACUUAGGCUUUUACUUAUAUACUGACCCAACCACAGUAAAUGUAAUGGCUUCUAAAUUUCACAUUUUAAGAGCUGGUUUGCAGACACCUGGAUACCAGAAGAAUUUUUCCAAUGAAUUUGUUGGGGAGUAUAUGAAUGGAUCUACGGAUACUUGCUUUCCCGACUUCCGCUUAUUUUGGCAAACAGAGGCAGUAUUACAAGCCGUUUGCGAAUUUCUUCUAUCAUGGAGAGCAACUGAUUAUUUUAAUGGCAUUUCCGAUCUACCUAAAAACACAUCUGUGAUUCCGUCACCUCCCCCAUUAAAUCAUACUGAGUUCUCAACUAAACCGACUGUAUGUCAACUAUUUCUGGUGAGGUGUUUCCUAAAAUAUUUCUACUUUGCAUUGUUCAAUAAUACAAAUUCAAACUGUUUCCAAAUAUUGCAGCAACAGAUAAUAUGGAACAAAUUUCUCAAUUAUCGAAAAUAUUUAUACAAUAAUCAAGGCGUGAUAGUGUCACCAGAAUCAUCCAUACCGCAUCACAAUAUUAUGAAUCGAUUUUCACGGUUUAUUGUUUACUGUUUUCAACAUUGGCCUUUUGAUUUAAGUUUUGAAGUCGUGCUUGAGACGUGGCUCUCUAGUAUUCAACCUUGGCGUUACUCAGGAUUUCCGCAGCUACAUACUGGUACUCGCUUUUCAUCUAUACCAUGGGAUGCACCCUUAAAUUUAAAAAUUGAUAAUGAGAAUUAUUCUGAUUGGUUGACAUUUGUUGCCCGUCAUUACAGCCUUUAUGUUGGUUUACUCUUAUUAUUUAUGGAAAGAGUUACUAAAAUUGAUUUACGUGUGUCUCGAAAUGCUCAUAUGGUUUAUCGUGUGACAAAAGUGUUUUCUCAGGAUGGAUUUAAAAUGCUACUACUGAAUACUGAAAAAAUUUUGUCCGAACAACAACAAGACGCUACUUUAUCCAAUGUAAUAGUAUCUGAAUAUCAAAGGGAACAAAGUGGCCUCUGGAAUCCUGUAAUAAUUAGUACUGUUGAAAGGGUUUUAAAUUGUAUGAUGAUUACAAAAGUAAAUUUGCAAUCUGAAGUAAUAAAAAAGAUGGACAAAUUUUCAUCAGAUUCCGACGGAUGGUUUGAUAAAUUUACUAAAUGGUUAUGUAGUUUCCUGAUAUUUGAUAUGGAUAACUCUGACGAAAGUGUCAACAAAUGUAUAUUCUAUUUAACAGAAGGAAUACAUUCAUUACGAGAAUUCUUUGCUAUUCAAGAAACUUUCGAAGCUGUACAUGAUAUUUCCUUGCAACCACCACCGAAUGGUCGUAUACAGUGGGAUGAUUUAUCGGCUAGUCCGAUACUUACACGACCUCACCUAAAAUCUCCGCCAACCUCGUCGAAAUCUCCUAGUGUUGAACACCCUUAUAAAGAUAAUUUAUCUCCAAGUGAUUUUUCUAAUUCAUCUUGGAAUAUAGACGCAUGUUCGAUGCCCAAAACAUUCGUAAAUAGCCAUGAUUCAUCAAGAUAUUAUACAAAGCUCACACCGUUGGAUCGUUUCCAGAUUAUAAUGGGUGUAAAACGUCCAUAUGUUUGUCAACAAUUAAUAAAUCGUGAAUAUGCAUCGACCAUGAAUGCAUCAUAUGAAAAUCGUUACAUACUUACAGUAUGCAAAUAUUUAGAAAAUAAGUUUACUGAAAUGAUGAAACAACACUUUAUUCGCUGGUGUUCAUUGUCAGGUAUUCGAGGAAGAUUUGCACGUCAAUUAUUACUUCCAUCAUCAUAUCCCAAACAACAUGAAUCGCAGAGUUUUUUAAUAACGAAUAAUCCCCGAUUAUCUUUUCGUUUUUUGGCAAAUUAUUAUGUUUUAUUACGAAUUAUUUUCUUGUAUAUAUUUAGCUAUUUUUUAUUCGGUAUAAGUUCACCAUUAUUGUAUAUAAUGUGUUUAAUUGUUUUAUAUUUGUUUUAUGAAUUUGUUAUAACAUUGUUUGAGUUAUGUCAUGAGAAAGUGAAACGCAUUUAAAAGAUAGUCGUUUUUAUUGUUCUGUUCAUAUAUAUAUGAUGUUUGUUCAGUUCUCUUGUACUCUCACUGUGUAUAUGAAUGUACAUUAUAUUUACUCGACAACUGAAUUGUAAAACAUCUUAGUUCCGACUAUUAUGUUUGUGUUUUUUUUGUUGUUGGUAAAGUUGUAGUAGUAUUGAAAAGAACCUAUCGGAACUUUUAGUCUUUUGCGCAACAAUCGAAUAUCAUAUAUGACAAAAAGCGGAAAUAAGUUUGUAUACAGCUCAGAAUAUCUAAAGUGAUAGCCAAAAACUACUUUAUGUCUCCGUUCGGUAAUAUGAGCUCGAUUCCGCUUCUGAAGAUUGUGUAUAACAAGCGAAUCGACUUUGAACUAAUGCUCAAACAGUCAUUAGUUCAGCGGAGGAGAUGGAUAAUCUACAUCUAUGUCGUUUGUUUAAGUUACAUACACACUUCCAGAGAUUAAUUAUGUAUAAAAUUUUGAUGCUUCGUGAUAUUGUUUUCUUUUCCAUGAACCCGCUUACAAAGGAUGUUUUAUUUGCUAAGAAGUGCCUGGAAAUUGUUGAAGACUUUUAGACUCGACCAUACACUCUAUUUUCCUCUAGACUUAGGAAACGAUAGAGGGAGAUAGGAUCCAAGGGAAUAAUCCCCAGGAUACUCGAUCAGAUGGCACCCAUUAAUUGUUAGAAAAU